CCAGAAGGCAAGCCAGAAAUGGAGCCCCGGCCCACGCCGAGUGUUGGCCCUGUCGGGCUCAUUCACGUUGAUGUCGACGCUGGCCAUUUGGGAAGACUGCCACGCCGCGUGAGGUUAGGCAGAGGGUUCCAGAAAGGAUGGGAGCGAGCCAGAGCAGUCGAUGGCCUCUAGUACGCCUCACUGGGUAUAUUCACAGGAAAGCACGCUCGUCGGCAGCAGGAUCCAAGGCAAGGGCAACGCGGAACUAGACUCCCAGUGGGUAAAAUUGCCCUGCGUUACAGUUGGUUCAGUCUAAAAGCCAUACCGGUGGGCCACUGCAUCCACGCACGAUAAGUCACCAGUCGAGCGGGCGUCAUCGCAGUCCCGACUCUGCCGUAUCAGCGACCCACUUUGGAUCGGAAGUCCGAUGUUGACACAUGUUCGGAAGUCCGACCGCUUAGCGCUGACAUCUUCCUGCCGACCUAUGGACGGAAGCCGGGGCCGAAUUCUGCCUGUCCACGGCAAUUUGGCCGCCGGGCGGCUUCCGGCAUCGCUGCGGAUGUUGUCGUCUCUUACUUGGACUUCAAACCUGUUGGAAGGCCCGGACCAUGCCGCAUGCCCGAGCCCGUGGCAUCAACACAUUUGCCGCCUUGGUCUCUCGACUGUCAUCAGAAUCCUCUGCUCUUACCCAACAAGACCUUAGAUGAACCGAAACGACAUCGAGAUGCCAUACCCAAUCUACUACUACGUUGCCAUUCUUUCCAUAGCUGCUCUCUUCACCCGCUCUCUCUAUGUACGAAUUAGUCUCUUCCAGCGCAAGCGGCGCUUUGCCCGCAAGCAUGGCUGCGCGCCUGUGACGCGAGUGCGGGCGUGGGAUCCCCUGCUUGGUCUCGACCAUUUCGUCCGCCUAGGGAAGGCCGCCGCGCAGCGCCAGUACCUGGAAUACUGGCGGAAGAACAUGUUCGGGAGGUACGGCAACACGUUCGAGAUCAACCUCAUGGGCCAGCGCCUGCUCUUCACCAACGAGCCGCGCAACAUCCAGGCGGUGCUGGUGACGCAGUUCCCUGACUUUGACAUCGGCCAGCGGCGGCGCGACAACUCGGCCCAGCUGUUGGGCGUGGGCGUCUUCAACGCCGACGGUCCCACGUGGGAGCACGCUCGCGCUACCCUGCGUCCAAACCUCACGCGGGCUCAGGUGGCCGACUUGCAGCUCUUUGAGAAGCAUGUCGGCGUAUGGAUGGCGGCCCUGCCCAAGGAUGGCCAGGCGGUGGAUAUGCAGGAAUGGGCUUUCCGAUUUACUUUGGACGUGGGAACCGAAUUCCUGUUCGGCACAUCUUCCGGCGUACUUGAUCCCCAAGCCACGGCGUUGGGCCGCCGCUUUGCCUGGGCCUUUAACCUCGGGGUGGACGGAGUGGCGCAGAAAAUCCGCCUCGGAAGCCUGGCACCGCUCUACUACAAUGCCGACUACGGAAAGGCCUGCAAGAUGGUGCACGAAUACGUCGACCCCAUCGUGCUUGCAGCGAUCGAAGCAACCCAGAAGACCGGGUCUGAACAACACAGCAACGUCGGAGACGAAAAGCGGUACACCUUCCUUGGCGCUCUCGCCAGCGAGGGUAUCAGCCCGAAGAAGAUACGUGACCAUGUAUUGAACAUACUCAUUGCUGCGCGCGAUACAUCGGCCUGUCUUAUGAGUGCCGCCUUCUUCGAGCUCGCAAGACAGCCCGCCAUCCAAGCCAAGCUCCGAGCCGAGGUCGACAGACAGCUCGAAGGACGGCUCCCCCGCUACGACGACCUCAAAGACAUGACCUACCUUAACUGGUUCAUUAAGGAGGCCCUGCGCCUGUACCCCCCAAUCCCCAUGAACAUCCGCGUAGCGAACAAAGACACGAUCCUCCCCGUGGGCGGCGGUCCCGACGGCUCGGCGCCCAUCUUCGUCCCCGCGGGCCAGGAGGUCGUGUACCAAAUCUUCUCGACACACCGGCGGAGGGAUCUUUGGGGCGAGGACGCCGACCAGUUCCGCCCGGAGCGGUGGGAGACGAUCCGCCCGCACUUCCAGUACCUGCCCUUCAACGGGGGUCCCCGCAUAUGCCCUGGCCAGCAGUUUGCGCUGCUGGAAACGAGCUUUGUCCUCGUGCGGUUCCUGCAGGAGUACUCGCGGCUCGAGGCGCCCGCAACCUCGCAGCAGCCCUGGACCGAGAAUUACACCUUGACCUGUUCAGUGGGACAGGGUUCGUGGGUGAAGCUGACGAAGAGGGGGGGUGAAAAGGGGUCAGAAGUCUCGGCUUAAUUAGGUAGUCUCGUAGCCAGCAGAAUUGUAGUUGAUGCAGCUUAACAAGGCCAGCAUUAGCUAGAUUACUGCUUAGAACAGAAUGGAGUGUAUUAGGAGAGACAUUUGCUGGCGGACCUCCAUAACGAACGGCCAUGCACAGUGAUGAUAAUCGAAAGGGCUUAGAUACAUUCAAUUAUCUGUGAUUAUGCUC